UACAGCGCCGCGCGUCGUCUCACCAUGCUGUCUUGGUGGACACCUCUGUUAGCCGCUGCUGUCUCCGUCGUCGUGGUCCUCUCCCUGUCUCCCAACAACAAUCAGAUCAGAAGGGCAAGCGCCCUCCCCCUUAGAGCCAAGAGGUCCAUUGAGCACAUUAUACAAGACUGUGUGAUGGUGACCUCAGAGGAAGGUCACUUCUACUACAAGUCUCCCGGAGGAGAGGAAGUGACUGCCUGUGGCGUCUUCCUCAUCACUGACCCUGACAAGGUGGUGGAGGUCUACUUCGACCACCUCGAUGUACCUUGCAACACUGGUGGCCUAGUGUCUUUCGUAGAUGGUUGGGAGAUGAAUGGACAGUUCUUCCCAAGCGCAGAUGAUCAUCCAAAACCUAUGUCAGAGAGGUACCAAGAGUUCUGUGGCAGUCGUCAACCCAAGACUGUGUUUCUAUCUUCUCAGAAUGCUGGCUUGGUGCAAUACAAAGUUCCCAAACGUGGAAGAGGCUUCAGCUUCCAUGUCAGAUACAUCAGGAACCCCACACCUUGCAACAUCCUGAUAGAGGGUACGUCGGAUGUGUACACUCUGCGCAACUAUGGCAAGCAUGUCAACUGCAGCCUGACCGCGGUGUAUCCUGCGCAGGUACGUGUGCUGCAGCUGGGCGUGGGGAUGGCCUUCAGUAAACGAAACCUGCAAGUCGAAACAGGAACCAUUCACAAGUGUGACAAGCGAGGAAUGCCCGACUUUGUACAGCUGGGAGGCAGUGAGGGAUUGGACCUGUCUACCUACAGCGUCAUAGACUCUAUUUGUGGCACAGAUUCUCUGCCAGAGCGUGUGGUGGAGACAAUUCUGUGCGGAGUUACGACUGUCAGACUGGUGUCCAGUGGAGAGUUUGACAACGCUGUCACUAUCCAACUGCGACAAGCAGAUGAAGAAGAUAUCCCCAGCGCCUCCCUCAUUUGUGGUCUCUGAGGACCACCGCAUUCUGUGUAGUUCUCAACCCCUUCGCCAGAGAUCAUCACCACGUUUUUUAUGCCAUUUACUACAGUUUAGGGAGACCACGACUUCUAACCAAACACGACUUGUAGAUUGUUUAUUUUUUUGAAUUUCUGUAAAUUUGAUGUACAGUAACGAUGUGACGGUGAUAAUAAAUGUUUCACCACCUUG